AUGGCUAAGAAAGGAGGAAAGAAGAACAAGAAGGGCAGCAAGCCCGUCGCCGCCGCGGUAGACAACGUCAAGGACGUGGUUGAACCCGAUCACGAGACCGAUGACCAGAUCAAGCAAACCGAAGGCCAGACUGAGAUCGAGCCGACAGAGGCGCCCGAGACUGCGACACAGCCCGAGACCGUCCCCGAGACCGUCCCCGAGUCCAAGGCCUCCGAGGUCAUCCCCCUGACCGAGACCCCCGCAACUGAGAUCCCAGCUGUGGCGGAGACCGAGGAGGUGGAUUUCAAGGAGGCUUUGAAGGCCGAGAAGGCCCCCGCGACAGAGGGUACUGUCGAAGAGGCCGUGGAGAAGGCGCAAGCCUCCAAGGCUGGCCAGAUGGGCGAAUUGGAAGGUGGCGCUGCCGCAGGCACUGCUGUCCUCCCAGAGACAACCACCCGGGAGCCCGCUUCGACUGCCGCGACCGGCGUUCCCGCGACACUGGUUGAGCGCCCCAAGACCGCCGAAUCAACCACACCUGCUGUCGUUGCGCCCGAGCCUGUGGCCCCUGCUGUUGCACCCGUUGUCGCCCCCGUCGAGACCGAUGCUGCCCACCCCAAGCGCCCGUACGAGAAGCCCAUCUUCAACACCGAGGAGAACCUGAAGCCCCACAAGAUGCCCAAGACCGACGAGGAGCCGGUCGCGACUAGCGUCGCCGAGGACAAGAAGACUAUUGAGGCUUUGGCCGGUGUUGGACCUGCUUCGGCUGCUGCGCUCACAACCCCUGAACCUGCGCCUGUUCAGGCUGAGGCACCCACGGUUGCCGAUACACCCAAGGUUGUUGAGGCGCCCAAGGUCGCCGAGGAGAAGAAGGUUGUUGAGGCACCCAAGGUUGCUGAGGAGAAGACUCCCGCCCCCAAGAGCACCACUGCUCAGUCCGGCGCCAAGUCUCCCUCAUCUCCCGUCGCGGUCGCCGCUGCGAACGCUGCCCUCCUCUCUUCCAAGGGCGACAAGGCUGCUGCUCCGGCCGCCGCCCCUGUUGCCAAGGAAGCCGAGCCUAAGAAGCCCGAAGCUGCCCUGAAGCGUGGCGAGGAGCCGGUGCGCAAGGCUGAAGAAGCCGAGCCCAAGCCCGAGACCCAGGCCGAGCCUGUCAAGGAGGAUACUCAGAAGCCAUCUGAGACCGCCGCAGAGCAGGCCGAAAAGGCCGAGCAGGCCGAGAAGAAGAAGGGCGGAUUCCUGUCCUGGUUGAAGCGCAAGUUCAAAUAA